AUGGCCAAGGCCAGCAGAUCCGGGCUGGGGGGCCUCUUCCUCCUCUGCCUCCUCCUCCUGUGCCUGGGUGCCCAGCCGGUGUGCCGGCGGAGGCCAGCUUGGCUUCCAGGGGAAUCCUCCGUUCACAUUCCGAACCCUCACUUUGAGAAGAUGAAAGAGGACAUCUUGUAUCACUUUGCUCUCGGGACUGGCACCCACGAUUUCCCUGUCUUGUUUGGAGAUGUAAAGUUUGUGUGCAUCGGAGGGAGCCCUUCGCGGAUGAAAGCUUUUAACAGCUAUAUAGCCGAGCAGCUGGGAAUCGCCAGCCCCAGUAAUGGCUUCCCCAACAUCUGUGCAGCGACGGAUCGCUAUGCGAUGUACAAAGCCGGCCCCGUGCUGUCAGUCAGUCACGGAAUCGGUAUGCCUUCCGCUGCUAUCAUGUUGCAUGAGCUGAUCAAACUGCUGCAUCAUUCCAAAUGCUCCAACGUCGCCAUCAUUCGUCUUGGCACAUCUGGUGGAAUAGGUAUUGAGCCGGGGUCUCUAGUGAUCACCAGGCAGUCUGUGGAUGCCACCUUCAAACCUCAGUUAGAACAGGUUAUCCUGGGGAAGUCCGUCUUCCGCAGCACAGUCCUAGACAAGGAACUGGCUGAAGAGCUGGUGGAGUGUGGCAAGGAACUGAAGCAGAUCAGCACUUUCAUGGGGAACACCAUGUGCACCCUGGACUUCUACGAAGGCCAAGCGCGCCUUGAUGGCGCCAUAUGUUCGUUCACCAAUGAAGAGAAAAUGAACUACCUGAAGGCAGCUUACGAGGCUGGAGUGAGAAAUAUAGAGAUGGAAUCUUCCGUCGUGGCAGCCAUGUGCAAUCUGACGGGCGUCAAAGGCGCUGUGGUAUGUGUCACACUCUUGAACCGGCUUCAAGGGGACCAGAUUACCUGUUCUCCCAGAGUCCUGGAGGAGUUUGAAUCAAGGCCACAGAAAUUGUUGGGGGUUUUUAUUAAGAAGCGUCUGAGGAAAAAAUGA